AUGAUUCGUGCUUUGUCUACUGCAUCAUCAAACAUUUCAUGUUCAUUCGAUGAACAUCCAUCACCAUCACCAUCGCCAUCACCAUCGUCUGAAACACAUCGUUUUACUCUUCAUUCAUUAGUAUCACGUUUAUCGGAUUCGAAAAACAAUCUUCUCGAACAAAUUCCUCAUCAUCAACGACGAUUAACACGUUUGAAAAAACGUACAAAAAGUUUUCUAUCAUCAACAUUAAAUGAUCGUAUCAUAAUUAGACAUUCAUCUUCAUGUGAUAGACAAAAUUCUUCUGAUGAUGGGAUCGUUAGUCUUGAUGAAAUUUAUCGACGAAAUCAUGCAACACAUCCAGAUGAUAUAAAUUCUUAUGAUAUUGAUGGUAUUCCAGCGCCUAAACUUUUACAAACAUCAAUACUUAUUAACGAAGAACUAUCAAAACAAAUUUUACGUGAAUUACCACCUCGUCUUCAUAGUCAUGAUUGGUAUAUGAUAUUUAGUACAGAAGAAAAUGGAUUUAGUUUAAGUACAUUAUAUCGACGAUCAUUCGAAAUUGAUCAUGAUUCACCAUCAUUAAUUAUUAUAAAAGAUGUUGAACAAAAUGUAUUUGGAGCUUUUGUACCACAUCAAUUACUAAUCAGUGAAGGAUUUUAUGGUACCGGAGAAUCAUUUCUGUUUACAUUACAUCCUGAAUUUCGGGUAUUUAACUGGUCUGGUAGUAAUGAAUUUUUUGUUAAAGGUGAUGUUAAUUCACUUGGAUUUGGAAUUGGAGAAGGUACAUAUGCCUUAUGGCUUGACGCUGAUUUAUAUCAUGGUCGUAGUUGCGCAACUAAAACAUUUAAUAAUGACAGAUUAUCAUUGAAUGAAGAUUUUAUAAUUGCAAGUAUUGAAGUUUGGACAUUUACUGGUUGA